UUUUGCUGUCAGCUGUGAAGUUUCUGAGAGUGGGCUAGAAAUCAGCUGUAACUGUAAACCUGGGUACACUGGCCCUCGCUGUGGAAGCUGCUCAGCUGGAUACUUUGGACAACCACAGGUGUUAGGAAGCUACUGCCAGUCUUGUAACUGCAGUGGAAAUUCAAAAAGUUGUGAUUCUAUUACUGGAGAGUGUCACUCCUGCCUUAAUAACACCUUUGGAACUGCUUGUGAACUUUGUGCUUCUGGAUUUUAUGGAGAUGCUGUAUUUAAGAAGGACUGUAAAAAAUGCGAGUGUAACGAGUGUGGAACCGACAGGUGUGACCACAGAAUAGGUGUUUGCCAUUGUAAACCUAAUGUAGUAGGAAUGGCAUGUGAUGAUUGUGAUGUUGGUUUCUGGGGAUUCAAGUCUUGUGUUGGGUGCCAAGGGUGCAACUGUGGACCAGCUUCGGAAGACAACAACUGUGAUGUAGAGACGGGCCAGUGUAAAUGUAGGCCUGGAACAACGGGUCUUACGUGUGACAGCUGCAAACCUGGAUAUUGGCAGUAUUCUCCAGAAGGAUGUGUUUCAUGCAACUGUGUAGAAAAAUAUUCUUUACCUGGGGCAGUGUGUGACGUUGCUUCAGGAGAGUGUCAGUGUCUUCCUGGUGUUGUUGGUACGAAUUGUCAAGGUUGUUUAUACCGCUGGACUUUUAUUGAGAAUCAGGGAUGCCAAGAAUGUGGUCCAUGUGUUCAUGCCCUGCUUGAUGAGACUGAUUAUCUACAAAGUCUGAUUGAUCCAAUAAGAGAUGAAAUGACUGACAUAUCAGCUAGCUACUUUGCAUAUCGUCGGCUACACAAUGUGAACAAAACUGUUGAUGAUCUUAGGCCAGAGGUGAAUGCUCUUAUCUUUGAUCCUACGGCUGUUGACUUGAGUCCGUUACACUACAACGUUAGGUCCGUUGAGGAUCAAGCUCACCAGCUUAACAACAGUGCUGACAAAGGAGUGAAAGAAGCUGAAGAAGUGAGUAUGAAUGCAGACAAGACGAGAGAAGAAGCUCUGGAAGUAGAAAAACUUAUUCAAGAUGCUGUUAAAAAAGCAAGAGAUACUGUUGGUGAAUUAACAGCAUUAGCUGAAGGACUGUUAGAUACAGCAGGGCCUAACCUUGACAAAUUAAUUGCAAGGGCUGAGAGAAUCCUCCAAGAGAUCAAAGAUCGAGACUUUAUGUCACGGAAAAAUGAUACUGAAGAUGAACUAGAACUUGCCGAGGAGUUGUUGGAACAUGUCAAGAACUUCCAGAAACCUGCUAUUCUGAACAAGGAGCGAGCUGAGGAGUUGGAUGAACAACUGAAUAAGUUAAAUGAGCUGCUAGAAGAGUUGAGAAACCAUAGUCGUGAUGCUGAAGAUGUUGCUCAAGAAACCCUAGAGUUAAAUGAAGCAAUCAGGCAGGCUAAUGUGACUGGUAUAAUUGCUGCUAUUAACCAACUGGCAGCUGGGACGAACAAGACACUAGAUGAAGCUAAAGAGUUGCUUGAAGCUGCAAAGAAAGCUUUAGAAGAUGCAGAAACUGCUUUUAGUAAAUUAGAUUUGGACUCCUCAAGGCUAGCCAGAGCCAUUGAUGAGCUCAAGGAAAAACUGAACGGACAAGAAGAGGAACUUGAUGAAGUACGCCCUCUUGUGGAUGAAGCUAAGAAACAUGCAAGUGACCUGAUGGAACAAGCUGCUUUGUUAGAUAGUCUGCUGGCAGAUACACGUGAUAGUGCCGAUGGUGCCGUGAAAGCCGCUACAGCAUACGGUAACAUUGUAGAUGCCAUUGAUGAUGCUCUUAAAGCAGCACAGGCAGCUGUGGAAGCUGCCAAUCAAGCAGCAGAAUUGUCUGAUGGAAUGGCAGGAAGAGCUGAAGGUUCUAAAAACAGAAGUAUUGAGUUACUAGAGGAAGCUCAGAAACUCCAGAAGAAAGUUGAAGAUGGUAAACUUUUUUUAAAAAAAACUAAUUAA